GUUGUGUCGUGCAAGCUAUGGGGUGGGAGUGAAGUGAUGUUUUGCUGAGUGGAAGCGUACGCGUACGAUGUGGACGACAACAGUUAAUAAAAAAUACGGCGUUGUUAUAUACAACUGGCGUGGUGAUACGAGGUACGGCUUGCCACUGGAAAUCGGCGAAACAGUACAGAUACUAGAAGAAUGUGGCGGUUGGUACAGAGGAUUCUCGCAGAAAAACAGAUCGAUAAAGGGCAUCUUUCCCUCCAGUUACAUACACCUGAAGCCCUGCAAAGUAGAAAAUGACGGGCUCUUCGAGUCAGUGAUACCACUGGAGGAUCCGGUCGUCAGAGAAGUAACGUUGGUUCUACGAGAAUGGGGAAAUAUUUGGAAGCAACUGUUUGUGAUGCGGGAGGUGUACCGUUUUUCAACUGUACGGAAAGUGAUGUGCGAACUGCUGGACUGGCGAAGGCAGUUAUUAACUGGCACUCUUACCCAGGACCAGAUGCGCGAGCUCAAGCUUCGUAUUACCACAAAAAUAGACUGGGGAAACAGGAAACUUGGCCUGGACUUGGUGCCUCGUAUGGGAGUGCAUAUGGUGGAUCCUGAUACCGUCAGCAUAGUGGAGCUGUACAAUGUCCAUGUCUUGAGCUCUGAGAACUCCCAAGGAGCAUCAGCAAGGGGUACAAUGAAGAGAAGAGAGACACAGAAGGUCCUUACACACCAUCUGUAUUUUUGCAUGAGAGAUUUUGGCCACCAUAUAGGAGAAGAUACAGAAGUUUACUUUUCAUUGUAUGAUACAAAGAAAGCUAAAUAUAUCAGUGAAAGAUUCCUGGUGAAAAUUUCGAAGGAGGGCUUUUCAAAUUAUGUGGAAAAGCUUCACAGUAACUGCACCAUAUUUACGGAUCUUGGAAAUGCUGAUCUCAAUCGAGAUUUGUACCUUGUGGCACAUGUUAUGAGAGUGGGUCGUAUGAUUUAUUCAGAAUCAUCAAAGAAAGUUUCCACUCAUGCGAUACCACCUCACCAGCUUUUUCGACGACCUCAUGGCUGUGCUGUAUUACCUAUUACUGAAAUUCUACAGAGCAAGGAACCUGCCAAUGAUGAACGAGAAUUUACAUUUAAAGUAUUUCAGGGUGAUGAGAAGGACUUCCAUCAACUGCAUGAACUAAUUAUUAAAAAACAAUCAGGCAAAUAUAAUAUACUUCCUGGGCAGCCAAACUAUGGUAUUGGAAUUUCAUUACGUAUGUUGCAUGGUGAAUUAACACAGGUACGGGAAGAAAACCCUCUUCUGUUCAAAAAUAUAUGUAUAACCAAAAAAUUAGGUUUCUCUGAUGUCAUAAUGCCUGGUGAUGUACGUAAUGAUCUCUAUCUCACUCUCGACAGAGGUGAAUUUGAACGCGGUGGGAAAUCUACCGGAAAGAAUAUUGAAGUAACUAUUCUUCUCCUUGACAGUGAUGGCAAAAUUCUUGAGAAUUGUCUGUGGGGUGCUUCAGGAAUGGAUGGAAGUAGUGAAUAUCACUCGAUGAUUAUUUAUCAUCACAACUCUCCUGCCUGGUCAGAAACAGUCAGACUGGCUGUACCAAUUGAAAAAUUUUAUGGUUCACAUGUACGGUUGGAAUAUCGACAUUGUUCAACUCGUGACAAAAUGGAUAACAAAAGACUGUUUGGAUUCUCAUUUGCGCAUCUAAUGGAACAAGGUGGAGCAACACUGAGUGAUGGUCAGCAUGAGUUAUACAUUUAUAAAUGUGAGGAACGGACACGACUGGAACCCUCCAUGUACCUGAAUCUUCCAUCAGGUGUACGAGAUGAUGCAGGCCCAUCUGUGUCAUCACCAUUCUCUCGCAGUAGCAAGGAGGCAGUAUAUGUCCACACAUUGCUCUGUUCGACAAAACUAACCCAGAAUGCGGAUCUUUUAUCACUCCUCCAGUGGAAGGAACACCCAGAAAAUAUCCAGGAAGCACUAUCUCGAGUUAUACUACUUGAUGGAGAAGAACUAGUGAAAUUCUUACAGGAUGUCCUUGAUGCUUUAUUUGCCAUGUUUUCUACAGAAGAAGGGAACUCUACAUCUUACUCGGGUCUUGUCUUCCAGUCUCUGGUGAGCAUAUUCAGUUUGCUAGAAGACAGCAAAUUUGAACACUUCAAGCCAGUUAUGGACGCAUAUAUCAAGGGUCAUUUUGCUGCAGCCCUCGUAUACAAGGGCUUACUGAGCAGUGUGGAACAUUGUGCAAGCUGGGUUGUAUCUGCUGAAAAGCAAGAACCAUUACAAAAGUGCUUCCACUCUCUUGAAUAUAUUUUCAAGUUUAUCAUUCAAUCACGGCUAUUAUGCGCUCGGGCUACUGGUGGACAGUAUGAAGACAGCUUUAAAAGGGAUCUUUAUAAUGUUUUUGCAGCUUUAAACAAGACAUUGGCCACUUCAUAUGAUGCAAUUUUACCAACACAGGUGGCUCUUUUGCAUAGCAUCAGUGCAGUAUUUGAGCAGCUAAUACAAGUAUUACCAGCAUUAGAGGUAACAAAGCUAGCCACUAUGAUGUUAGAGAGCUUACCAUCAAGGGAUCUCUCACCUCAACUCACCCAGGCAAAGCUUACUGCCAUUCGCAAUAUGGUUACCAGUAAACUCUUUGCUGAUGAUGAAUCCAGAAACUUACUUCUGGCAAUCAGCUGUAAACAUCUCCGACAUCACCUAGCUCAUAGAGAUGAACUGCGUCUCUGUACGGACAUUCUUUCUGAAAUACUUAGCUUCCUUUACAAGCAAAAACAAGCUCAGGAACAAGGAAAGGUUAAUAAUUGCUUGCACCAUGAUGUUGAAAUUUUGUGCCUGAAUACAUUGGAAAUGCUAAUACAGACUGUUCUCAUCAUUAUAGAUCGUUCUGCAUCAGUUUUGGGUUCUCUUGUGUCUUGCCUUGUUGGAUUGCUGCAGCUGUUGGAUGAAUUUCAUUACAAGAGAUUAUGGGAGCAUCUUAGUGACAGAAAGUCUCAGAAGGACUUCCUGCUUAGAGUAUUUUUAGUAUUUCGAUUAUUAGUGCGACAGGAAGUUUUCCCUCCUGAUUGGCUUGUCAUGCGCAUGGUAGCCAACAAUGUUAUGCUAAAUGCUCUUCGUGAACUAGCACAGCCACUGACAUUUAAUUUCCUUGACAGCUGUUGCCACUUUGAUAGUGAGCUGUGGAGCAGUUAUUUCAACCUAGCUGUUGCCUUUUUAACACAACCAUCUCUACAACUUGAAAAGUUUAGUGAAGUGAAAAGAGAGAAGAUAAUAGAAAAGUGUGGAGACAUGAGAGUUCUAAUGGGAUUUCAGAUUCUCUCAAUGUGGUCAAGCUUAGGAGAGCACAAAAUAAAUUUUAUUCCAACAAUGGUUGGACCCUUCUUGGAAGUAACCUUGGUACCAGAAGCAGAACUGCGUAAGGCAACUCUGAACAUAUUUUUUGAUAUGAUGGAAUGUGAACAAAAAGCAAAAGGAAAUUUCAAGCAAGUAGAGUCUGAGCUCAUUGAUAAGUUAGAUAUUCUGAUUAGUGAAAAUAAGGGUGAUGAUGAAUACAGGCAGUUGUUCAAUACAAUACUCCUAGAGCGUGUGCAGUCAGAAGACCCUGCCUGGAAAGACAGUGGAGCAGCAUUCAUAAGUUCUGUUACUAGACUGCUGGAGAGGCUGCUGGACUACAGAAGUGUCAUACAGGGGGAUGAGAACAGGGACAAACGAAUGUCCUGCACUGUCAAUCUUCUUAAUUUUUAUAAAAAUGAAAUAAAUCGCAAAGAAAUGUAUCUGAGAUACAUUUACAAGCUGCAUGACUUGCAUUUGCCUGCUGAAAAUUAUACAGAGGCUGGCUUUACAAUGAAGCUGUAUGCCGACCAGCUAAGUUGGUCAGACAAAACACUUGUAUCAGAUCCACACUAUCCUGGUCUCACAGAGCUGGAGCGAAAGGAGCAGUUAUAUCAGCAAAUUAUUCAUUACUUUGACCGAGGAAAGUGCUGGGAGAAAGGCAUCCCCCUCUGCAAAGAAUUAGCUGAUCUCUAUGAGCAUAGACUCUUUGACUAUGCUAAACUGAGCCAAAUUCUUAAGACACAGGCCAGUUUCUUUGAUAACAUUCUAACACAGCUUAGACCAGAGCCAGAAUACUUCAGAGUUGGAUUUUAUGGUUUGAGCUUUCCAUUAUUUGUUAGGAACAAACUGUUUAUAUAUCGAGGUCUGGAAUAUGAGAGGAUAGGUGCUUUUACUCAGAGGCUGCAAACAGAAUUCCCAUCUGCCCAGAUCCUCAUGAAAAACACACCACCUGAUGACACAAUUAUGAAUUCAGAUGGACAAUACAUACAGAUCUGUAAUGUAAAACCUAUCCCCGAGGAAAAUCCAUUAUUUCCACCAGGAGCUGAUAUACCAGAAAAAAUUUCCAGUUUCUAUCAGGUUAAUGAUGUUCGGACCUUCCAGCUUGAUCGACCUGUUCACAAAGGGCCAGUGGACAAGGAAAAUGAAUUUAAGAGUCUAUGGAUAGAGAGGACCAUACUUGUUACAAGCAGUUCCUUACCAGGAAUUCUUAGAUGGUUUGAAGUCAUUGAAAAAAGAGUGGAGGAAUUGGCACCAGUGCAGUUUGCAUGUGAAACAAUGGAAAGUGUUAACAAGGAAUUGCGGCAACUUGUGAAUCAGUAUACUGCUGAACCAAAGAGAAAUAUCAACCCUUUCAGCAUGAGGUUGCAGGGGAUAAUUGAUGCAAAUGUUAUGGGUGGCAUAGCAAAAUACCAACAAGCAUUUCUUAAUCCUGAGUUUGUGAAGUACCACCCUGAAUUCUCAGAACAUGUACAACGUUUGAAGAAUCUUACACUUGAUCAGCUCCACAUACUAGAGACUGGUCUUGCACUUCAUGGGCAGCUUGCCCCUCCGGGUGUGCAACCACUUCACCGUAGACUGUUGGAGAGGCUGUCACAGUUACGUCAAGGACUGAGAGAGCUAGUUGCUAUUCGCUCAUCAAGAGGACAUUCUUGUACAGACUCAACCUCCUGUGGCAGUAUUCUAAGCAUGCCUCUACCACCCCUUCCUAUGGAGAAGAAGAUGCUCAUGCAGCCCAAUGAAAGUCGCAGUAAUCGUUCCUCUACUUCCAGUGGAGGACCAUAUAACCACUUUGCUCUUAUGGAUGAUCAGGUGACAGAUGAUGAAGAUAUAUAUAGCAAGCCAGUGGAAAUGAAUGAGAGCCAUGUGCCACCACCACCUCCACCCCCACCUCCGCCACCACCAAUACCAAUGCGUGAGUCACGACCACGUUCAGCUGGCUACAGCCUGACAGAUAUGGGACGUAUAACAGUUCGAGGAACUCUUGAAUAUUCAUCACUGCCACCUGUAAGCCUAAACAGAGAUUCUACAGAAGGUGACACAGUUUCUACAAUGCCAAGACCCCCCAAACCAACGCAUCAAAGAUCACUCAGUAAACUACUCUCAUGUCCUGCUCCAGCUAGCUACAACAGUUCUGAGAACAGCAAUGGCAGUCAGCUUCGGAAUUCAUGGUCAGAGGCAACUACAGAUGAGGCACCACCUCUACCUCCAAGAGGACAAACUCCAGACCGAAGAAACACUAGUUUAUUUAUUGAUACAACACAAAUGCCACCAGCCCCACCAAAGAGACUCAUUAAAAAGGGUUCAUCAAUUGUAGGCAGCAUAGAUUCAGCUAUGGAUAUUAAUGCUGAUGCUGAAACUGAAAGCAGUAGUGAUGGGCAUGACCUGCGUGAUUCUGGGUACUCAGAGUUUCCAAUGUCCCGCACCACUCCAACCAACAAUUUUAACAAUAUGCCGUAUGAAGACUUUGUAUUACCAACACAUUUUGGUGAGGUGAACAUUUCACCACCAGUUCUAUCACCUCGCACCCAAUCAUUUCCUACACCACCACCAGUUCCUCCAAAAGCAACAGCCAACAUGAUUCCAAAUAUAUCACCAGAAACUUCCCCUCCAAGAACAAGCAGUGGAACCUUGGAACGAAAUCAACACUUAUCUUCCUUUGUCGACAGUGGUGUAAUUACAUUGCCAUUGUGUAUUGCAGAAAAUUACUCAGUUCCAAAGAAAAAUGAAAACGUACAGUAAAUUUUACUGAUCAUAUUUGUGCUGUGAGUCCAUUUAGUGACUGCUGCUGUCCAGUGUGUACAUACCAAAAAACAUCCUGAACUCCAGCACCAAAGAGUGUGCCUACUCUUUUCAGUUUGUGCAAUAAUUUAUGUAUGUUUAUCAUAUUCCAUACAUUUCUUCCACUAAAUUUGUGACCUUUCAGCAAGAAACUGCUGUGCAAACAGGAACCUUUUAUGAAGUAUUAGUACCUUAGUUCUAUGUUCUUAACUGCAAUGAACUUUCAUGCCAGUUAGUGCGAUACUGCAUGUUUUUCAGUUCAAUUAUUUUGUAUUCCAAGUUCUCAAAUGAGAGAUGGAUGUUCAGGAUGAGAAUAUACUAUAAAAGAGCAUUUUUUUGUGCUCAGACUGUCUGUGAAAAACUUUUUGUGUGUAGUAUGUGUCUUUCAGUAAUUACUACAUUAUGCAUAUGAGAGAAUGUAAUAUUUGAUUAUAAGGAGUCACGUAAAUAGGUGCAACUGAAGUUUUCAUUAGUUUACAUUUCUGUGCCACAUUUUACUAUAUUCACUGUGAAUUUUUCAUUCAUAUUUAUAAAAAAUGGCUGUUGAGUCCUUAAUUUCUGAUUGUGACACUCAGUUCAAAUGUUUUCUUAAAAAAAUAAUCAAACAACCAGAUGGUCAGGUUUUUGGUAGAGAGAUACAAUGCUGACAAAAGUGUUUGUUGGUGUAAUAUACUCCAUUUUUGUUUGAUCAUUUGAAUGUCUAUGCUAUGUGGGAUUUAGACACUAGUUCACAGCAUGUGAAGUGUGAACACCAAAGCUGGGUUGUCAUCAUACGUUUUGCAAUACUAUAGCUAGCAUGUUAAGUGAUACCAAGAUCACAUACUUGUUGUAAUUUUUGUAUAUUGGAGUAAUGAAUAAGGAAUUCAUAGUUAUGUUCUCAUUAUGGUAGAACAGAGCAAAAAUAACACAAACAAGGGUGAUACAUAAUUUCACUAUUUUAAUGAAUAGCAAAGAUAAGUGGAUGUACACUGAUCCUCAGGAAACUAAUUUGAUUUUGAAACAUUUGUGAUUUUAUAAUUUGUGAAACUGGUAAAAAACUAUUCCUAAUGUAUUAUCUUUAUCUUUUUCCUUUAAUGAGGGAAUUAUGUAAAUAUGAUAGUAUGAUAGAAUGAAACUGUACAGAUAAUUAGUUAAUCAUUGAUUACAUGAGAGAAAGAAACCUGUAUAUGGAGCAAUCACAUAAAUUCUGUUAGUGUAAGUUAUUUUUAUUUAUAUGUGUAACAGAUGUACAUACUAAAGUGAGGUAACUCAGAAAGUCUUCUUUGAUAAAUAUUGAAAUAAAAAAGAAACCCAUUACCCAUUUCUUUUAUUGUUGUCAAAAUUAUUUCCUUCUCAUGACAACAAUUAUCAUGGCAUAUUAUUUCUGUGGCUCUACUUUUCCCUCAUGAAAUUUUAAACUUCCAUCUCUGUUCCUUGUGGGCCAUUAUUUGCCUAUAUACCUGUGAUACAGAGUGUUUGUCCCAUUUCAUUCAGUGACACAUUGUAGGAAAGAAACAGUGUUUAAAGUCCUUUAUAUACAUUGUUAUUAAUGGUAACUUCACCAAAACUCUGAAAAAUAUAGAAAACAGCAAAUUAUUUUUAUAUUUCUUGCUGAAAACUGAUUCUUGAACAGACAUUAGUAGCUUUUCACAAAUUCUUUCUUUCCAGAGAUUGUGGCGUAAAAGCAAAUGACGUUUUGAAACUAUCGUGUUAUCUGAUUGAAUCAGUCAUCAAUUGGGCUGCCUAUCAGAUGUCCAGACUCCACUGCCAAUCUGAUCUAGAGCAAAUUCCUGUCAUUUGUACAGUAUCCAAGAAUAGGUUGCAAUGAUGCAUUUUAUACAUUUUAUAUUAUGAAAACAUUCAGCUUACCAGUCUUCCACAAAUGAAUCAGUAAUCUAAUUUAUUUUACAUAGUGUCAUUAUUUGAUAUCAUACCUACAAACCAGUAUGUAAAACCAACUGUACAGUGUCCAUAUUUGUGUGUUUAACCUACUGGAAUAGUGGGUAAUAAAAUAUUUCAUAAGCUUCAUUUUUUAAAAUUCGAAUUGAGAGAUAAAUCUCACAAUAAUUUCUAGAUUCAUAAUUGGUUAAUACAUUUUUGAGAUUUGAGAUUACAUGCAGCAGCUCAUGUAAAGAUUUAACAUUUACAGAAAUUCUUGUACACAACUUUUGUAUCCAAUCUUGAAUGACAAUGAACUUGCUGAUACUUUGAUUGACAAUGCACUAAGACUCAUCUCAUCACACAGUGAAAAUAUACCCCUUAAUGUGACAAAUGAGAUAGUUGUUCCUGUAAGUUAUAGGUUUUUUUCUAGUCUCUUUCUGUGACAAAAUUGCAGUCUGCAAAUUUUUGUGUGGAACUGCUAAAUGACAUGUUUCUAUUAAGAUAUGCUAUAUAAUUUUAUAUUCAAAUAUUUUAUUACUUUGGUACUAAUUUAUGAUAUUUGAAUAAAGAAGAAGUGAAAUGAAUAAAGUUAUGGAUGUAUGACUACACUGUUAGAAUUACAAAGCAUAAAAAGUAGUAUCAGGUGAAGUAGAAGUUAAUGAUAUUACGUUAUGUAGAAAGUGAAAUGGUCCAACAGCUGCUGAUGCUAAUGCUCUAGACAUCAGAGAACUGGAACCAUGACACUCGUGGUAAUAUUCUCACAUUUCAAAUACAGUUGACUGAAAUUCUUAUUUAUAAUUUUUGUGCAUUCUUUCUUUUCUGUGGAUGCACUGAAACAAGCAAUAUGAAACAGUUAAAGUGUAAGGAAGAUGUUAAUUUCGGUUAUUUGCCACAGUAUAUUUUUUAUGAGACUGCUUUAUUUUUCCAUAGUUUGUGGAAAACAUGACAGAUAAGAAAUGAUUUCAUGUGGAUUAGUGUCAAGUAUCUGAAGACUGUUAUUUCAUGAGGAGAUUAUGGUUUUAACAUUUCAGUAAUUCUUUUUGUAGAGAAUAUUUUUGUAAAUAAAAUAAAUGUAUUCCUCUUUGACCUGUGGUAAAGAAUAUGUAUCACAGGUGUACAGUAGCGAAUUAAAAGGCACAAUCAGCCUAGAGAAUUGUCAUUUGAUAGUGACUAUAAUGUCUUUGUUAUGCUACAAGCAUUAAACUCAGGUAGCAUGUAACUGCAACUGCCAGUCUUUUAGACAGACAAGAUAUUUAAUAUCAUAGAAAUACCCGUAGCUCUUCAGUCACAUGUGACAUUGUUGUUGUACACAUUAAAAAGGUAAGAAAUUCAUAGGAAGAAACUCCUCCAUUGCACAAUGAGCUGUAACAUUAAGACAAAGUAAAAGGUAACUAUAAGUGGUCUUUAUUUACAAUUUGAAAAUAUAUAUUUGUGACUACCUGAAGGUAAUAUUAGAAACUUAUUCAAAAUUUUCUAUUAUGUUUAUUGUGGAAAAUAGUGUAGCAUGUAGGAAUUAAUUGAUGAAUGAAUGGCUGAUCUACAUUCCAAAAGACUUUCAUACAAGCAAGUUUGUUAGGUAAUUUUGCCUUCAAGGGUAUGGCACAUGGGGAUCUAGGGAAAAUGAGGUGUAGGUAGCAUUAGAACAGUCCAUGUGUACAGUCUAUCAACUUCAUAUGACAAAGCAAAACAACCAGGUGGAUUUGGUUCAUAAUUCACUUAUUUUACAUUAUCACGUAUAUUCAUGUUGGUAAUGUAUAUGACAAAAUUCUGCCAGAUUCCUACUCACAAUAUUACUUAUAGUUGUUAAUAGAUCAUUUAAUAUCAAUACCUAUUGAAUGAUUAACUCACAGCCACAUAGUUAUCAUUAGUCACUGAUUCAGUUGUUGUCUUUUCUAUGCUGAAAUGUUGGCAGCUUUGAUGUUCAAGAUAUUAAAUUAUUCACAUCUAACUCUGAAAGCAAUAUCGGUUUUCUUCAAAAUACAAAGACUGAUGUAUUGCAGCUGUAAACAUAUUAUUAAUGUUGUGAUGGAUAUGAUAUCCAUCAGUUCCUACUUUCAGACUAUCUGAUAUUCAAUAUAUUUUUCAUAGUACAUCACGUUGCCCCAUAAGUGUCAAGACAUUUACAUUUAAUUUUAUAAUCAAUGAGUACAACUGAAACUGCCUCAGUUGCUGUGAUUUAUACUGCAUUGCACUGAAUCUUCUGUUGUGUACAAAAGUGGAUCCUUUUUCCACGUAUGUUUAUUCAAAUUGUUAAUACCUAUUUUGAUGAAGAUUUCUUAUUUACUGGUGUAUUAUUAAUGACAGAACCAACAAUGUUUUGUGGGGGUUGAAGGGACCAGACUGCAAAGGUCAUCAGUCCCUCACUGUAAGCCUCAAAGUCUUCUGACACCAUUUUAUCUCAGAAAUAUGUGUGGUUUUCAUCUGUGAGUGUUCUAGUACUUGGCAACAAAGACAUUUCUGAAACUUCUGGAGAAAUCUGUAUUCAUAUUUGAGUUGUGCAAGGCAAUACACCACAAUCAUUAAAUGACAACUGAUUUGUUCCUCUUAGAAUCCGAAAUAUAUGUUGUGUGUAGGUAAAAAAUGGCCUUAAUGUGUGAUUCUUUUUUUAUCUAUUUAACUGUUGUAAUCUUUGCAUGAUAUGUAUGUAGAAGGAAGUAACAUUUCCUGAGAAUGUCUUACAAAGACACCCUGUAAGAAUUUUAAGAAUAGCAUUUCAUUUGAUGCAUGAUUUCCUUUUUCUACCAUCCCACAUUGAAAACUGUUAAGUACUUAUUUAGUAUCCUCAUAUAAAUCAGACAAAUCCCCAAUUAAAUCUGUCAUUAUAUAUAGAGUGAAUAUUUUGUACACCACUUCAACUGUUAUUGGUGUAUUGUAAUUCUUCCAGAUUUUUAGAAAAGUUAUCUUAGGACAUCAUUCCCUGAAGAAGAUAUUGUAAUCCAUGGAUAGUCCUAUAAAGCUACAAUAUUUUUCUAAAUUAUUUCUAAAUAUUGUGAAUAUUAGUACAAUAGUGAAAAUAUCUGGUGGAAUAUGAGCAUUAGAAUAAGUGAAGUCAGCCAUUCACCAUAUUAUUCAGAUGUUGAGCAGUGAAUAGGUACAUAAAUAAUAAUUUAAACAUAACAAAUCAUGCUGUGUGAAUUUGUACCUGCAUGUGUGCUAUGAAGAAGGAUAUGAGUUUAUAAGCUGAGUACUUGUUUACGUACCUACCCACCACUCAACACCUCUAUUUUGCAGCAAGCAGAGGUCCUUACUUGUUCCAUUAUUUUGCAAUUUAGUGCUUUAAUGAAUCUUUCUCAAAGCAUUUUUGACAUUUUUCCCAAUUAUGUCUCGUGUCUUAUAAGGAUAUUGUUAGGAAAAGAGUAAUAUAUCAUUUACCACCAAUAUCACAUAUUUGAAAACUAUAUUCAUUAAUAUAUAGCUUAUGUGUUUAGAAUAAAAAGAAGAUAACAAUUCACUACCUUUUUUAAUAGGUGCAUAGUAGGAUAAUGUGAUUAACAUUCUGUGGUCUGAUGCUAACUGUACUGCCAGAAUUGUCUCAUCAUUAGGAUAUGGACUGUACCUCAUUAUUAUGAUAGAACUGAUCCCCACUUUAUUGCAUUGAUGGCUAGUAUUGCCACUCAUUCAAGUUGUCUGUUGCUGCACUUGUGAAAUCAAACACUAAACAGGAUUUUGACUGAAGUUUGCUGAAUAUGAAAUGAGAAUUGUAUUACAUAGAAAUUUUGAGAGGAAAUUCCACACCGAGUUUUAACGUUUAACUUAAAUGGAAAAAACACAAAAAUGUCAGAGAGAUCCACUUAGAUUUUUUAAUGAUAGACUUUAAAGGCCUCUCUUACUUUUCAAGAGAAGAAUUUUGAAAGAAAUGUCAUAAUUUGAUCUGUAUGUGUCUACAUAAGUUUCUGUAGGCAAUAAGAAACUGGUUUUGACUAAACCCUGGAAUGAUGUGUAUUGCUCAUUUCCAUGUGUCAGCCACAUAUUUAUCAUUUACUUCCUUAUGCAAUGUAGAACUUAUUUUGUUAUCACACAUGUGAAAAAAUAUUUGGUAUUCAUUCAUACACACACACACACACACACACACACACACACACACACACACACAC